AUGGUGCCUAUCACUUGUUCGACGAAGUGCUCGACCCAGGUCGACACCACCGACAACGUCGACGAGGUCCAUGAUGCCGCCACCGCCCUUGACCUCGAGCCCACGGUCGACCCCAUCCACCAAGCAGUCGAGCAGCUCGCCCUGGAGCAGGCAAUGGCCUCUAGGGCCGAGGUCGUUUCUCAUGUGAUGACCAACACUGACGUCGACCCCAAGGCCGGCGUGCAGGAGCUCGAUGCCCUCUCUGUAUACACCUCCACCCAAGUGAUGAGCAAGGCAGACCACGGCGUUGCCCUCAUCAUCUCCAGCGACCCUGCUUUGCCGGUGCUCACCAUGUGUUCGACAGGCGGUCUAGUCCAGGAUGGCGCAUGGGUGAAGCCUGUUCAUCUUGUGGACAAGAGCAAAACCUCGUGCCUACCAUCGAUACAGCACGGAAUCGGGCAGCAACCAUGGCUGUCACCUGUGCGAGUGAGGACCAGACACAGCAGACAGCUGUUCAGGCCUAGCCCGUGGCCGUCUUUCAGGUUUCAUUUAGAUGCAAGUUAUCAGGAGGAGCCCUGUUCAGGUAUAUGUCGUCAAUCACAGGAAGUUUUAUGGUUCAGUUCUGAACUCGUUUUGAGGUUAUUCAGAGAUGUGGUUUUCCAUCAAGUUUCUUGUUGUGAGGUGAUUUCCAUGGAAGAGUAUAUCAGUUGUUUGUCAGAAGCACAGUUGCAGUCUAGGAGUCCACCGGAUCAGGCACCACCUAAUACUAAAGCAUUGAAUGAAUUGGCAUUUCUCAAUGUGGAUAUGUCUACAAGCAUAAGUGUUGAUGCAUGGUUAAGCUUGAGAUUCCUUGGAACAAACCAUAGGCUCAUUGAUACUGCACCACACGCUGGUCAUUGGAUUUAUUUGGAUUUCAGCAACAUAGGUUGUCAGGGUCGGCAGUCCUGUACAUGCUCUCUAGUGCAACUGAUGGCAGUAGCUGAAUAUUUUGCCCAUUGGGAUAUCAUCUAUGAUUUUGCUAACGGAUUAGAAAUCUGUAGAAUGCAUACAAAGGCACUACAGAUUGUGGAUGAAUUAGUUAGUACCUUUCAGGUGGAAUUAUGCCAUGCUGGUGAUCUUGAGUGCAACCUCCCUCGACACUGCAUAAGGAUACCCCAUGUUCAGAUUUUCUGCUUGUCGUCUUUGCAACAGAACACUGAUGAUUCAUGUUUCGCUAAGCAACUAUUACAUGAAGUCUGCUUUAUGCAGUCCUCUUAUAAAUUAUGUGCUCAAAAGGCACCAUCGGUGUUCAAGUUCAGUCACAAAAUUGUUCGCUUGAAGCUACCAAAUUACAUGAAUGAAGGCAUUCCAUGUGUCCAGCCAACAUAUUACCUUGAAGGAGGCUCUGCUUGAGCAUAUUUGAAACUGCACGAAGUUUGUGCUGCUGUGGUUUACAUGUUUGAGGCUAGUACUAUUCAGAUCUGGGAGUUGUUUCUCUGUUUCGAGCGUCCACUGGACCAGGCAACACUCAAUACUAAACAGAUGCAGUUUGACUACAAGGACUUGCAGUUUGGUCCAUGCUACGUACCGCAACAAAGUGAAGAUUUUCAGUUUUAUCUGGAUCGAACAAAAUUUCUGGGUUGCAUUCCUAUUUCUGAUAAAUUACAGGGAAUUAUUCAUAUUAUGCAUAUGUCAAUGUUUUUGAGUCAAGAAGAAUUUAAAGGCAGUGGCUGUGCUUCAAUCAACUUUCACACUAGCAAUGCAUGGGAACGGUGCUCCAAUCUCCUUGGGAAUUGCAUAAGGAUACUUCCAGUGCAGCUCUCAUGCUCGUGGUUUUUGAAACGGGGCAAAACUGAUUCAGGUUUCAAUGGUCAUGACAAGCUCCUUCACAGCAAGCAACAAUUGGGUGCUCUAAGUACAACACUUCCAAGUAGUGUCUAUAUUCAGUUCGUGCAGUUUUGGCCAUUAUUGUCUUUUGCUCCAGCUGGUAUCACGAUGCAAUGGCAGUGGGACAAGCAUCAAUCGCGGGACAAAAAUUCACAACAUACUUUUAUGUUGCCUCGUCCCCUUUCUGAACCAAUAUUAUGUGAGGUUAAUCAUUGCUGAUACAUCAGUUAGUGGCGACCACCUUGAGCAAUUGUGGGAUCCCGGAGGCCUUGCAAGCUAUAUAUGCAGUACAGGUGCAUUGACUUCCCUGAUGCAUUACUUGUUUGCAGUCUGGCUUGCAUAUGCGACUCCUAUAUGCAUCCAGUUGGGAAUGGAGAAGCCAAUGGCUAGCGACGAACUAAAUCAGGGGAUGACCAUCCAUUUCUUGCCUGGAACAUUGGAGCUUGAAUGCAGACUUGACAAGCUCAUAGCAAUAUAGGGGUUCUUGCUGCCAUUAUAUUGCCAGUCAUGCAAGUCCAUGAGGAGCGGAAAAAUCUGUGUGUGGGGCACACCUCAUGGUCUAGGAUGCUUCACAGUCGUCCAGGAAGGCUAUGGGACUUCAGCUUCCAAUCGAGGCACUUUUCAAGGAGGGAGGGUUUUCAUCACCAAUGUCGUUGUCGUCAUCGUGCAAGGCUCCAUCCACCACAAGUACUAUCUCAACUUCGAUCAAGACUAUGUUGGCAACGACCACUUCUGCGGUGCCUCUUGGGAUGGAGUCACCAUCGGCCAUGGCUACUCCAACCUUGUCGUUCAAGUCAACCCGGACUUCGACUACCAUCAAGACUUCAAGCUAGUUAAGGAAUGCCGCAUGCAAUGGGAUCCUGGCGGCUCUCGGUGGUGUCGGCUUGGGGUCAAGCCGCAUUUCAAGGAGGGGGGAUGUUAGGAGCCCUCCUACCAUCACAUGCUUGGGCUGGCCCCUUGGGCCAGCUAAACGGGCCUGGCCCAUUCUGGAACGACCAAGGUGAUAAGAGCCUGGGAGGAGGCGACGUCCAGGGCAUCCAGUGGAUCAACGAACCGGCGGCGGCUACCUCUCUCCCCUAUCUCCUUCCUUUCCCUUUCCUCCAGUUCAUGUGUUCUUCCUCCAUUAGUGUAACCAUUCCUCUGUAAUCACCAUUAUGUACUGAACCUUGUGUUGGAGUGAGAUUAAUCUAGAGGGAGAUCGCUACUA